AUGGAGCCAACAAAUGGUCAUCAUGUACCAGACAAGCCAAAGUAUAUUGACUUCCCUUACUUAGAACAUGGCACUGUUAUAGAUGGAAAGUUGGCCUUGAAUCGAUGGUCUCAUACAAUCACAAAAGGUCAUGAUUUUCCAGGAGCCCAGGCAAUGCUCUACGCAGCAGGAGUACCAAAUCGAGAAAUGAUGAAGUCUGCACCUCACGUGGUACACGACCUCGGAAAGCUUGUCAAGGAAUCUGUACAAAAACAGGGUAUGCUUGGAUGGCAAUUUAAUACCGUAGGAGUUAGUGAUGCAAUUACUAUGGGUGGAGAAGGCAUGAGAUUUUCUUUACAAACUCGAGAGAUUAUAGCGGAUUCUAUUGAAACUGUUACAUGUGCUCAACAUCAUGAUGCAAAUAUCUCAAUUCCAGGUUGUGAUAAAAAUAUGCCAGGUGUCAUCAUGGCUGCUGCACGUCACAAUAGACCAUUUCUUAUGAUUUAUGGAGGUUCAAUCAAAAAAGGUUAUUCCAAAUUGAUGAAAAAGGAAAUUAAUAUCAGCAGUUGUUAUGAAGCAAGUGGUGCAUUUACAUACAAGAAACUUCAUGCUGCAGUUGAGGGUGCAACACCAAGUGAUGUCAUGGAAGAUUACGAACAAAACGCUUGCCCUGGUGCCGGUGCUUGCGGGGGAAUGUACACAGCAAAUACUAUGUCUACCGCAAUCGAAUCUAUGGGAUUAUGUCUUCCAGGAUCAUCAUCCAAUCCAGCCGAUUCGCCAGCUAAGAUGAGAGAAUGUGUAAAAGCAGCAGAAACAAUCAAAAUUUGCAUGGAGAAAAACAUUCGACCACGAGACUUGUUAACAAAGGAAUCAUUUGAGAAUGCUUUGGUAAUCACUAUGGCGCUUGGUGGAAGUACUAACGCUACACUACACUUCCUGGCCAUGGCCGGUACAGCCGAAGUACCCCUUACCAUCGACGAUAUCCAGCGAGUAAGCGAUAAGAUUCCAUUCUUAGCAGAUUUACAACCUUCAGGGAGAUUCUGCAUGGAAGAUCUCUACGAUAUUGGAGGAACCCCCGCCGUCAUCAAACUUCUCAUCGCAGCCGGAUUAAUGAAUGGUGAUAUUCCCACCGUCACAGGAAAGACCUUGAGGGAAAAUGUUGAAAGUUGGCCAUCUUUACCACAAGAACAAACUCUCAUCAGACCUUUAAGUAAUCCCAUCAAACAAACUGGACAUUUACAAAUUCUUCGGGGAAAUCUUUCGCCUGGUGGUGCAGUGGCGAAGAUUACAGGGAAAGAAGGUUUGGUGUUUACAGGAAAAGCUAUGGUUUUCGACAAAGAACAUGAACUUGAUCAUGCAUUAAACAAGGGCGAGAUUCCCCAUGGAGAAAAUCUAGUCUUGAUCGUGAGAUAUGAGGGACCUAAAGGAGGCCCCGGUAUGCCGGAACAAUUAAAAGCCAGCGCAGCAAUUAUGGGCGCCGGUCUCAAGAAUGUGGCUCUUGUAACUGAUGGACGAUAUUCAGGCGCUAGUCACGGAUUUAUCGUAGGACACGUCGUCCCCGAAGCCGCAGUCGGCGGCCCCAUCGCCGUUGUCAAAAACGGCGACAUAGUAACUAUAUCCGCCGAAACCAACACGUUGAGUAUGGAUGUAUCAGAUGAGGAAAUUGCAGAGAGACUUAAGGCGUGGAAGGCACCGAAGAGUGCGGUUAAUAGGGGGGUUUUGGCUAAGUAUGCUCGUUUGGUGGGGGAUGCUUCGCAUGGGGCUAUGACGGAUUUGUUUUAG